AACAGGCACUUCCCCCGCCGCGUGAGGGGGUGGAGAAAGGGGUAGUGAACUCGGAUCCACCCUGGGAGGGGGGAGUGGAAGUUCACGCCCCAGACAGCGGCGAGGCGGCAGCCACAGUUGGUUAUGGAAGAUUCCCACAAGAGUAACACUUCAGAAACAGCACCUCAACCCAGUUCAACAGUUCAGGGAGCUCAUAUCUCUCAUAUUGCUCAACAGAUGUCACUAAGAGGAUCUGCACCAGUGACAAUUGUACCUCUUCCUGGAGAGCAAGUACAGGUUAAGGGGGUCAUCCAGACAGCUCAGUCUUCUGUAAUUCACCCACCACACGUGCAAACGGCAUCAUCCUUAUCAGAAAGUGAGGAGUCUCAGGAUUCAUCUGACAGCAUAGGCUCCUCACAGAAAGCCCACGGGAUCCUAGCACGGCGCCCAUCUUACAGAAAAAUUUUGAAAGACCUAUCUUCUGAAGAUACACGGAGCAGAAAAGGAGACGGAGAAAACCCAGGAGUUUCUACUGUUACUUCUAUGUCUGUUCCAACUCCCAUCUAUCAGACUAGCACUGGACAGUACAUUGCCAUUGCCCCAAAUGGGGCAUUACAGCUGGCCAGUCCAGGCACAGAUGGAGUACAGGGGCUUCAGACAUUAACCAUGACAAAUUCAGGCAGUACUCAGCAAGGUACAAUAAUUCUCCAGUACGCACAGACCUCUGAUGGACAGCAAAUACUUGUGCCCAGCAAUCAGGUGGUUGUACAGACUGCAUCAGGAGAUAUGCAGACAUACCAGAUCCGUACCACACCUUCAGCUACUUCACUACCACAAACUGUGGUGAUGACAUCUCCUGUGACUCUUACAUCUCAAACAACUAAGACCGAUGACCCCCAGUUGAAAAGAGAAAUAAGGUUAAUGAAAAACAGAGAAGCUGCUCGAGAAUGUCGCAGAAAGAAGAAAGAAUAUGUGAAAUGCCUGGAAAAUCGAGUUGCCGUUCUGGAAAAUCAAAAUAAAACUCUAAUAGAAGAGUUAAAAACUUUGAAGGAUCUUUAUUCUCAUAAAAGUGUUUGACUCUUAAUAAAGAAA